CCCGCCCAUGGCGGGGGGGGGGCACCCGCACGCGGUACUUCCGGUUCGUUUGGUCUGACAAUGACGGAGCGGGGCGCCUCUCCGGAGGACCCCUGGGUCAAGGUGGAGUAUGCGUACAGUGACAACAGCCUGGACCCCGGGCUCUUUGUAGAAAGCAACCGAAAGGGGAGUGUAGUGUCCAGAGCCAAUAGUAUCGGCUCCACCAGUGCUUCCUCCGUCCCCAACACGGAUGAUGAAGACAGCGAUUACCAACAAGAGCCCUACAAGGAGUCCUACAAGGACAGGAGACGGAGAGCCCACACACAAGCAGAACAGAAGCGCAGGGAUGCCAUCAAGAGAGGCUACGAUGACCUUCAGGCCAUUGUCCCCACCUGUCAGCAACAGGAUUUCUCCAUUGGCUCCCAGAAGCUCAGCAAAGCCAUUGUUCUUCAGAAGACCAUUGAUUAUAUCCAAUUCUUGCAUAAAGAGAAGAAGAAACAGGAAGAGGAAGUAUCUACACUACGCAAAGAUGUCAUGGCCCUGAAAAUCAUGAAAGUGAACUAUGAGCAGAUUGUGAAGGCACACCAGGACAACCCUCAUGAAGGGGAGGACCAGGUCUCUGACCAGGUCAAGUUCAAUGUGUUCCAGGGCAUUAUGGACUCUUUGUUCCAGUCCUUCAAUGCCUCCAUUUCUGUGGCCAGCUUCCAGGAGUUGUCAGCUUGUGUCUUCAGCUGGAUUGAGGAGCAUUGUAAGCCCCAGACUCUUCAGGAGAUUGUUACUGGAGUACUUCAUCAAUUGAAAAAUCAGCUCUACUGAUUGCUUGCCUUUCAGCCAACACUACUGAAGUAUAGAACCAGGAGGCUUGUCGUGGUUCUGACAUCUCAAACAACAUUUGCUUUGUUUGUUGGAUUUUGGACAGCUUCUGACUAAUUUAUUUUGUCAAUAGUAAACAAACCCAUCUCAUCUGUGAAAUUUCUAGGGGCCAUUGAACUUGUCCCCCUAAAAAUCACUUCUGGCAUUUUCCUUCAUAAGCUUCCAAUUUAAACUCAAAUCAGGUAUUUGGAAGUUACUAACUACAGCUGCCACUGUGAUACGUCUUAUAGGAGUGAUAGUGAGACUGUAUGUUCUGCAAGCAAUCUGGUAGAGGCAGAAAAAAUAUUUACACAACCACAAAGUGCCACAGCUACUGGUCCCCAGUGAUGCUGCCAUGUUAUGUCCAUGGCACAGACAAAAUUUUUAACACGUUAUAUAGGGAUUUUAUCCCUAAUCAGAAACUUUGACAGAUUUCUUAACUUUUAUUUAAAUGUGAUCUUUACUUCAAUGUAAAUCUCACAAUUUUACUAAUUUUUUUUGUCAGUCAGGUCUUGUGGUAAUCACGCUCACUUGCCAUCAUGCUCUUCAUGUGAACAGUUCAUUAGGGAUAGAUGUUGAUUCUUCUGUCCCAUUUCUUACUUGCUGCCACACUUUCUAUCAGGAAUGAACCAGGAGUGAGUGGAGAAACUUCUGUCUCAAAUAUAUAGAAGCCUAUUUCCUUUUUUUUUUUUUAAGCUUACAAAAGACUUUACCGUCUAAUGGACAUUAAAUAUUUUUAUAUCAAAUUGUAAUUGCAAUAAAAUUUACUAAAUGCUUAAGCCAAAAUUCAUUGAUUUUUAUCAAGUCAUAUCCACUAAACUGAUUUAAUAUAACACACAGCCACUUGUCUCCUUAGUACUAAUUAGUCUAGUCACAUUUAGACUCUAGUCACAAAGGGCAGGAAGUGUCAAAACAACUCCAAUACAGGAAGUUUCUUCUGACUUCAUUAUUCAGAAAGAGGCUUCUCAAGGGUCUGGAAGGACAACGUUGUAGUCUUCAUCUGUCUCGAUUCCAACUUCUUC